AUUACAUCUCUAAUUUAUUCAAAAUGGUUGAACGUCAAACAAAAUGUCCUUCAUAAAUUGUAUUCAUUUGUAGUUUUGUACUGAACGACUUUCUUUGAUUAAAGUUGGGUUUUAUAGGAAAGAUGGGAGGCUUAUUUAGUAAGAAAAACCUGAAAGAGUCGAGAAUUACCGAACAGGACAAAGCUAUUUUGGCUCUGAAACAACAAAGAGAUAAGCUAAAACAAUAUCAGAAGAAAAUCCAAUUAAAUCUUGAAAAAGAGAGACAGGUUGCCAAAGAAUUGCUAAAAAACGGGAAAAAAGAGAAGGCAAUGUCAUUGUUGAAAAAGAAACGUUUGCAAGAGCAGCUUUUGAACCAAACAGAUGGGCAACUGGACAACUUGGAACAGAUGGUUCAAGAUAUAGAAUUUGCACAAAUUCAAUCCAAAGUUGUGGAAGGGCUUAAGUAUGGUAACGAGUGCUUGGAUAAAAUGCAUAAGUUAUUGUCCAUAGAAGAUGUUGAAAAAAUAAUGGAAGAAACACAGGAAGGAAUUGAGUAUCAAAGAGAGAUUGAUGCUAUAUUGGGAACAAACCUUAGUCAAGAAGAUGAAGAUGCAAUUUUGAGUGAACUAGAAGAGAUAAAGAAGGGAAUAGAAAUGCCAUCAGCAACAAUUAAUGAGCCAGAAAAUAAUUUUGUGCUACCAGACGUACCCAGCACUGAACCAGGUGCGAUUGAAGGAAGCAAACGAAAACAGAAGGAGAUGGUAGCAGCUUGAAUUUAGCCAACAUGAAAGUGAAUUAUUAUUGCUGCAUACAUUGAUGCAUACACUUGAUAAAAUGAUAUUGAGCAUUCUUAUUGCUGUGAAUGAAUAUUUGUAUGGUGCAGGAGUAUUGAAUUGGUCUAAAGAAACUAUUUUAUGUUUAGUACCUGGAAAGUUUAAAAAACUGCAAUUUUAUUUGGAUCACAAAAAUUUUGGUGCAGAGUAAUUUAUGCAGUAUUGUGAUAUUCAUUCAAUUGCAAUUUCUCAUUAAUGAAUAAUCAUCCAUGACAAUAAUCGUGACAUUGCUCCAAAAUGGAAAUAAACUGUAGCAUUAAAAAUUUUAAAUUGGAACAUUAGAUGGUAAAUUGCAACAUUGAAUAUUAAAUUGCAGCAUUAAAUAGUGAAUUGCAACAUUAA